AGGAGACGGGGGGUCAAUACAGAAACGUACUCGGUAAUCGCUCAUUCAUUAUGAAUGACAACAAAACUGCCUUAAAGCGGUCGUUUUUCACUAACGUUAGCCUCUUUCUUUUGUAACACCAUAUUUCUGCGACGUACUAUUUUAUUCAUUAUUUACCAAAGCGCAGUACUUCGCGCACUAGCAGCUUCGGAGAAGAUGGAUGUGAACUUUAUAAUCUUUGGCGUUUCAGUAUGCGUCCUCCAGUCACUCGUGCUGUCAUUAGCCAGCCUACAACCCUUCGACCUGCUUUACGAUAGCGGAGUUGACGCUUUUUAUAAAGGGGACUAUAGCGAUGUUGUGCGCUACAUGGAGAGCGCGCUGAACUCUUUCUCUGAAGUGCGCCACACAAGGAUCACGUGCAGGUUGAGAUGCAGAGAUCAGCAUCGUUUUGGUGACUUUAAGGAGGAUACUUUCUUUGAAGUGAUUCUUUAUAGGGCGCAUUGUAUGAAUGAAUGCAUCGAGGGAAAGUUAGGACCUCAGUCUAUGCAUAAAGUUAGUGAAGAUGUCAUUCAAGAUUUCAGCAGAAGAAUUCCCUACAACUACUUGCAGCUUGCCUACAGAAAGCUCGGCCAGCUGGAUAAAGCCGCAUCCGCCGCUCACACUUAUUUCCAGGCCAACCCUGAGCAUGUUGAGAUGGGCGAUGACUUAGAGCAGUACAAAGCCCUUGAGGGCGUAAAAGAGGAACAUUUUGUUGACCUGGAAGCUCGCCCACAUCAGAAAGCCUUCUUUGAUGGAGUGAAGUUCUACGAUAAGAACGACUAUGAAGGGGCUGUGAGCUUCUUCGAAGAGGCUUUGACUGAAUAUUACCGUGCUGAUGUGGAGUGUCGGGCCCUUUGCGAAGGCCCACAUUACUUUCAGGAACAGGAUCAUGUUUUGAACAAAUACAGCCUGUAUGAGCUGAUCUCAGAUCAUUACACGCAGGUUCUUCACUGUGAGCAUGAAUGUGUGAGAGAUCUGGCAACACGCCCCGGUCGCCUGUCACCUAUGGAAAACUACUUGCCCCUCCAUUAUGACUACCUACAGUUUGCAUAUUUCCAAGCGGGGAGGAUUGAGGAGGCUUUGGCAUGCGCUCUUUCAUAUCUGUUGUUCCACGAAGAGGACGAGUUCAUGACCGAGAACGUGCAACAUUACAGAGAAAUACUUGGCCGUGAUGGUCAACCUCGUAAGGAAGCUGAAGAGUACCUGAGACGACACAAACAGGAGUUAGAUCUCCUUCAGAUUGGCAGCCAAAACCUUGGCGUGCCCUACAUUGAAGGGAAUUACUGGAGCAGUACAGGAGGUCGAGAAGAUGCGAACAGGAUUCCUUCAGGUACGGAUGGCUGGAUGGACUAUGUGCCAAUUUCAGCAAAGAAGAACGUUACAGUGGCUGUAGAACUUAGAGAUGGAGGUCCAUUGCUGUAUGAGAAUGUGAGACUUGUGUUAAACUCUGAAGCUCUGAAUGGAUCACAGAGAGUGGUUCUUGAUGAUGUCAUCACUGACGACGAAUGCUCUGAGCUCAAACAACUGGCAUAUAGCGUCACUGCAGCAGGUGAUGGCUACAAGGGAAAAAUGUCUCCGCACACACCCAAUGAGAAAUUUGAAGGGGCAACAGUAUUGAAAACUUUGAAAUAUGGAUAUGAGGGACGUAUACCUUUAAAAAGUGCCCGUCUCUUUUAUGAUGUCAGCGAGAAGGCCAGGAGUAUCAUUGAGUCAUACUUCAUGCUUAAUUCAACUUUGCAUUUCUCAUACACUCAUCUUGUAUGUCGGACGGCCAUAUCUGGGCAACAGGACUACAGGAAUGACCUCAGUCACCCGAUACAUGCUGACAACUGUCUUUUGGACCCAGAGGCCAAUGAGUGCUGGAAAGAGCCACCCGCUUACACCUUCCGAGACUACAGUGCUUUGCUCUACCUGAAUGGAGAUUUUGAUGGUGGAGAAUUUAUUUUUACGGAAAUGGAUGCCAAGACUAUCACUGCCUCGGUUAAACCCAGAUGCGGGCGAUUGGUAGGAUUCUCAUCAGGAGGAGAGAACCCGCAUGGCGUGCGUGCCGUCACUAGGGGGCAGCGAUGUGCUGUGGCCAUAUGGUUCACUUUAGACCCCCUCUACAGGGAACUGGAAAGGCUUCAAGCAGAUGAAGUGGUUCAAUCUUUGGAUGACCAACACAUGUGGGAACACGGCCUGCAUAUAAACCCAAAAGAUGAGUUGUAGUCCGACAGCCAAUGGGAGACAGGCACAGGGUUCAUGUCAAUACAUAUUUAUUUAAUGAUUUGAAUUAUUUUAUUUUUUUACUUUUUGAUGUGAGGAUGUUUUUGUUUGUUUUCAGCCAUUUGGAGAAAAAUUAUAUUAUUUUUAUUAUUGGUACAUAUAAGACCUCAUUUCACAGUUUGACUUUGCAACUGCUGGUUUUCAUCAUUUACAAGAAACAGGGAAUUUGUAUGGAAAUUAUAUAUGACUAAAACUACAUUGAUAUGGUGAAUUGACACUGUAUAACAUUGUAUAUUUAUAGUCGUAAUAGCUGUUUUUGAAUUCUUUUAUAUUCAAUUUUAUUUAACUAAGGAUCAAAGCGACAACAGACUAUGAAAAAUGAGAAUUUGCACAGUUAUGUAUUUACUGUAUACUUAAAAGUGAUAUAGCUGUCAGUUUAUUGUAGUUUUAUUAAAGCACUGUGAUUUACUUUGUCGCACAGUGCUUUCAGAUUUUUUUAUUUUAUCUCAUGCUUUAAAACCAUGGGAUUAGAUGACUGUUUACAGAUAAACUGACUCACAGCUAUUGUGUGGUUUCAUCAUGAUAACAGGCGUCAGCUUUAUAUAUUAGUGACCUUUUUAAUAAAAGAUUGCAUUUGUUCCUGUUUCAAGGAAUUUGAAUUUAAAUGUGGCAUAAAAUUGUCCUUUCCUUUCAAAUUCAUUGACUCCUAAUCCGUGUACAGUUGCUGUGUGCGUUGCACUGAGCUGUUUGAAAUGAAUCAUGUCUGCAGUUAUCUUAGUUUAUUUUAACUGUUGUUGAAUUUCGAGAAAGGAGUAUGGCCACUUUUGUCACUGAUAUUUAAUUACGUGUGUAUUUAUAGUUGUAUGUCAUUCACAAUGAUGUUUGCAAUAUGAUUAAAUUAAAGACUAAAAUA